AUGACAGAAGAAAGCAAAGGCGAAGGGAAAGGGGAAAGCGGGAAGGACCUGGAGAAACAGCUUCGCCUCAGGGUGUGCGUUUUGAACGAGCUUCUGAAGACUGAGCGGGACUAUGUGGGCACUUUGGAGUUCCUGGUGUCGGCAUUCCUUCAGAGAAUGUUCCAGUUUGCUGCCUCCAAAGUGGAUAAAAAUAUCACAGAGGAAACAGUUAAGAUGCUGUUUUCAAAUAUUGAAGAUAUUCUUGCAGUUCACAAGGAUUUCCUGACCUUAGUGGAGGGGUGUUUGAAUCCUGAACCUAAUGCACACCAUGAAGUGGGAAUCUGCUUUCUUCACUUUAAGGACAGAUUUUGUAUCUAUGAUGAAUACUGUAGUAACCAUGAGAAGGCACAGAAACUUCUGCUUGAACUUAACAAAAUAAGAACAGUACGGACUUUUCUUUUGAACUGUAUGUUGCUUGGAGGACGUAAGAACACAGAUGUUCCAUUGGAAGUAUAUCUAGUAACACCAAUACAGAGAAUAUGCAAGUAUCCCCUCCUUUUGAAGGAGUUAUUGAAGCGGACGCCAAAGAAACACAGUGACUACACAGUAUUAAUGGAAGCUCUGCAAGCCAUGAAAGCUGUCUGUUCCAAUAUAAAUGAGGCUAAGAGACAAAUGGAAAAAUUAGAGGUUUUGGAAGAAUGGCAGUCUCACAUUGAAGGAUGGGAGGGGUCCAACAUCACAGAUUCAUGCACGGAAAUGCUAAUGUAUGGAGUUUUGCUGAAAAUUUCUGCAGGAAAUAUCCAGGAGCGGGUAUUUUUUCUUUUUGACAAUCUUUUGGUCUACUGUAAACGAAAACACAGACGAUUGAAGAACAGCAAAGCAUCUACUGAUGGCCAUCGGUAUCUUUUUCGAGGCAGAAUAAACACAGAGGUAAUGGAAGUGGAGAACGUAGAUGAUGGCACAGCUGACUAUCAUAGCAGUGGCCACAUUGUUGUUAAUGGCUGGAAAAUCCACAACACAGCAAAGAACAAAUGGUUUGUAUGCAUGGCAAAAACUUCUGAAGAGAAGCAAGAAUGGCUGGAAGCUAUUCUAAAAGAGAGAGAGAGAAGGAAAGGUUUAAAAUUGGGUAUGGAACAAGACACUUGGGUGAUGAUCUCUGAGCAGGGAGAGAAACUCUACAAAAUGAUGUGCAAACAAGGGAACCUGAUCAAAGACAGGAAAAGAAAACUAACUACUUUCCCCAAAUGUUUUCUGGGAAGUGAGUUUGUGUCCUGGUUACUGGAAACUGGAGAAAUACACAAAUCUGAAGAAGGUGUUCAUCUUGGCCAAGCGUUGUUAGAGAAUGGCAUUAUCCACCAUGUUACAGAUAAGCACCAGUUCAAACCUGAACACAUGCUCUACAGGUUCCGUUAUGAUGAUGGAACAUACUAUCCAAGAAGUGAAAUGCAGGAUGUGAUUUCCAAGGGUGUAAGAUUGUACUGUCGUCUUCACAGUCUGUUUACUCCAGUGAUAAGGGAUAAAGAUUAUCAUCUGAGGACAUAUAAAUCUGUAGUCAUGGCUAACAAACUGAUAGACUGGCUAAUUGCACAGGGGGAUUGUCGGACCAGGGAAGAAGCAAUGAUCUUUGGUGUAGGACUAUGUGACAAUGGGUUUAUGCACCAUGUCUUAGAAAAAAGUGAAUUUAAAGAUGAGCCACUUCUUUUUCGCUUUUUUGCGGAUGAAGAAAUGGAAGGAUCAAAUAUGAAGCACAGGCUUAUGAAACAUGAUUUAAAAGUAGUGGAAAAUGUCAUAGCCAAGUCACUAUUGAUUAAGUCUAAUGAAGGCAGCUAUGGUUUUGGUUUAGAAGACAAAAACAAAUUACCAAUUAUUAAAUUAGUGGAGAAGGGGUCAAAUGCUGAGAUGGCAGGCCUGGAAGUUGGGAAGAAGAUAUUUGCCAUUAAUGGUGACCUAGUUUUUCUGAGACCCUUCAACGAAGUGGAUUGCUUCCUGAAAGCAUGCUUAAACAGCAGAAGGCCCCUCAGGGUACUUGUGAGCACAAAACCAAGGGAGACAGUGAAGAUCCCUGACUCUGCAGAUGGGCUUGGAUUCCAAAUCCGGGGCUUUGGUCCAUCGGUUGUCCAUGCUGUUGGAAGAGGAACUGUGGCAGCUGCAGCAGGUCUCCACCCUGGACAGUGCAUAAUUAAAGUGAAUGGAAUUAAUGUCAGCAAAGAGACUCAUGCAAGUGUUAUUGCCCACGUCACAGCCUGCAGGAAAUACAGGCGUCCAAUGCAGCAAGAUUCCAUACAGUGGGUAUAUAACAGUAUAGAGAGUGCACAGGAAGACCUUCAGAAAGCGAACUCCAAACCCCCUGGAGAUGAGGGAGGAGAUGCCUUUGACUGCAAAGUGGAAGAAGUAAUUGACAAGUUUAACACAAUGGCAAUAAUUGAUGGGAGGAAGGAUCAUGUGAGUCUCACUGUUGAUAAUGUUCAUCUGGAAUAUGGAGUGGUUUAUGAGUAUGACAGUACGGCUGGAAUAAAAUGCCAUGUGGUGGAGAAAAUGAUUGAACCAAAGGGCUUUUUCAGCUUGACUGCAAAGAUUCUUGAAGCACUGGCUAAAAGUGAUGAGCAUUUUGUGCAAAACUGCAACAGCCUAAAUUCUUUAAAUGAAGUAAUCCCCACUGACCUCCAAAGUAGAUUCAGUGUAAUUUGCAGCGAGAAAAUUGAGCAUAUCUACCGAAGAAUCUCUAGUUAUAAAAAGUUUUCACGAGUGUUAAAAAAUAGAGCAUGGCCUACCUUUAAACAGGCCAAGUCAAAGAUCUCACCACUUCACAGCAGCGAUUUCUGUCCAACCAACUGCCAUAUCAAUGUAAUGGAAGUCUCUUAUCCUAAAACCUCAACUUCUCUUGGUAGUGCCUUUGGUGUGCAGCUAGACAGCAGAAAGCAUUCUUCACAUGAGAAAGAAAACAAAAAUAGUGAGCAAGGUAAACUGAGUCCCAUGGUUUACAUACAACAUACCAUUACCACCAUGGCAGCCCCUUCAGGACAUUCCCUAGGUCAACAGGAAGGCCAUGGUCUGAGAUAUCUGUUAAAGGAAGAGGACUUAGAAACACAAGAUGUCUAUCAGAAAUUGUUGGGCAAAUUGCAAACUGCACUGAAAGAGGUGGAAACGUGUGUCUCUCAGAUAGAUGACCUUCUCUCUUCAAUAACCUAUUCUCCUAAAUCAGAACGUAAAACACCUGAGCCCUUAAUACCAGCAGACAGUGACAAUGAAAAGGGAGAAAGGAAUGGGAAAAGGGUCUGUUUCAAUGUAGCAGGUGAUGAGCAGGAAGAUUCUGGUCAUGACACCAUCAGCAACAGGGAUUCAUACAGUGAUUGCAAUAGCAACAGGAACUCCAUUGCCUCAUUUACCAGCAUUUGCAGUAGCCAGUGCAGUUCUUACUUUCACAGUGAUGAAAUGGACUCAGGUGAUGAACUUCCCUUAAGUGUUCGCAUUUCUCAUGAUAAACAGGACAAACUUCAUAGCUGUUUGGAGCAUCUUUUUGGUCAGGUAGACUCAAUUGUCAAUCUUCUGAAAGGACCAGCUGUAAUGAGGGCCUUUGAACAAACCAAGUUCUUUACGCCAGGUCGAGGCCUGCAAGCGUUUCAGCAGGAAAUGGAACCUAAGCUUAGCUGUCCAAAGAGAUUACGACUUCACAUCAAGCAAGACCCUUGGAACCUUCCCAGCAGUGUCCAAAAUCUUGCACAGAAUAUCAGAAAAUUUGUUGAAGAGGUGAAGACAAGGAUACUUUUGGCACUCCUUGAAUAUACAGACAGUGAGAUACAGCUCAGACGAGACAUGGUCUUCUGCCAAAGUCUGGUGGCCACAGUCUGUGCUUUUUCAGAGCAACUAAUGGCUGCCUUAAAUCAGAUGUUUGACAACAGCAAAGAGUAUGAAAUGGAGACUGGAGAGGCCAGCAGAAGGUGGUUGGAACAGAUAGCUAAUGCAGGUGUCCUCCUUCACUUCCAGUCAUUGUUGUCACCUAACCUGACUGAUGAACAAGCCAUGCUAGAAGAUACAUUGGUUGCUUUGUUUGACCUGGAAAAAGUUACUUUUUAUUUUAGACAGUCAGAACUAGAACCACUAGUCGCAAAUGUUCCAAUCACAUAUCAAGCAGAAGGAAGCCGGCAAGCUUUGAAGGUUUACUUUUAUCUUGAUAGUUACCAUUUUGAGCAGCUUCCUCAAAAGCUGAAGAAUGGAGGAGGGUUUAAAAUCCACCCAGUACUUUUUGCACAAGCACUGGAAAGCAUGGAAGGAUAUUAUUACAGAGACAAUGUGUCAGUAGAAGAAUUUCAAGCCCAGAUUAAUGCAGCCUCACUGGAAAAGGUCAAACAGUAUAAUCAGAAACUCAGGGCAUUCUACCUGGACAAGUCGAACCUCCCUCCAAAUUCAACAUCAAAAGCUGCUUAUAUAGAUAAGCUGAUGCGGCCCCUCAAUUCUUUGGAUGAACUUUACCGACUGGUUGUGUCUUUUAUCCGAUCCAAGCGCACAGCGGCCUGUGCUUACACUGCUUGCAGUGCCUCUGGAGUUGGAUUGCUGUCAGUUUCUUCAGAACUCUGUAGCAGACUUGGAGCUUGCCACAUCAUAAUGUGCAAUAGUGGAGUUCAUCGCUGCACUCUGAGUGUCACUCUGGAGCAGGCUAUAAUUCUUGCUCGGAGCCAUGGACUACCUCCUCGCUAUAUUAUGCAAGCUACAGAUGUGAUGCGCAAACAGGGAGCAAGAGUGCAGAACACUGCCAAGAAUUUAGGAGUGAGGGACCGAACGCCACAAUCUGUCCCAAGAUUAUACAAGCUAUGCCAGCCACCACCUCCUGCUGGGGAAGAAUGAAGAGAACUACCCAAGAAGUAAUCAAGUAACAUCUUUUAAGACAUUGGACUAUACAGCAAAAUUAAAUGGCAUUCUAGUAGAACGUGCCUGGAGAAUUGAUAAAUAGAGGCCUUUCACUCAGGAUAAAGAAGUGUCUGUCCUUAAUAUUUUUCUAUCAGCAUUGGACAACUGACUUCUGGAGAAAAUAUUUCUGGACUCCAUGCACUAUGGUCUCCCUUCCAUAAAACAGGAACUUUAUGGGUUUUUACCUGGAUAUUUUACACUGGAAUCAGGUUGUCUCUCUUGUGGCCAGUUCAGCAACGCAAAUUACCCCAUUAUGCAUUGGUAGCAGCAUGAAGGCAAAUAUCUAAUGGCAAAGCCAUUCCAUCUGAACCAUAUAAAAGCUGUUCCUGUGUUCACAGAAUGAACUUGAAAAGGGAAAAAAGCCUAAAAUAAAUCCUCCAGAGUUUGACACUUGACACAUUUGAUGUCCCGUGCACUGCUAAUUCCCUUCUUUCCCACCAAUAUUUUAUCGUAAUUUCCUAACUUUGAGCAAUAAGGAAAUUAACACUUCUGGUAUAUGCUGUAAAUGCCUAUUAAAAAUAAGAAUUCAUCUCACAAGUAGUCCCAUUGACUUCAGUCUGACUACUCAUGUGAAUAAAUACUUACAGAAUUAGCUCCAACACAGUAAACUCAGCUAUGUCUUAAGGGGUCGAUUGUUGUACUGGGUUUAAAGAAGCCUAUUAUUGCAUAGUGAAUUGAUGGUGCUCUUUUACCCUUUUUGAAGUUGCCAUAAGAAUAAAAAAUAAACUUCAGUUAGAGAAAAUUGACAUUAUGGGUCCGAUUUCCACCCAUAAUUAGAAAGAAGUUCAGACUUUGACCUGUAAAAGCUGUCUUAAAUAUACCUUGUUGUGCUUCUGUAUUUCAGGGGUCUUCAAACAGUAGUGUAUAUCUUUGUACAGUAUUAUACAUGCUAUAAUAGCUAAGCAGUGUACAUUGAGCUAAGGGCAAACUUCUAGCUUUAAACUGGAAUAUUUUGCAUUUUAGAGUAUUUAAGAUAAAGCAUAGUUUUGAAGCUUAAUAUUUUUAUACCAGCAUAUACAAUAUUUUGUCAGUUACAUUUUACAGUUGUAGAAGUCGUUGGUUUUGGAGAUUGGUAACUUUAUAAUGUUAUGGAUUUAAUUUGCAGACUGUAUUGAGAAUGUUGAGGGACCAUGACAAAUAUACACGUUUAAUUGUUUUCUGGCCAAAGUGUUUUUAGAGAAAAUAAAUGCACCAAAAUUACCCUUCACAUUCAUGCACAUUAAAGCAAAAACGAUGUUUUAAAAUAUUGCUACUAGUAAUAGUUAGAUAUUAGAGAGUAGCAUAUAUAAUCUAAAUGUAUAAGUAUUUUCUGUACUACAGCUAGUUAUAGUUAUGCUUUGGCACAAAAACCUCUACAUCAUAGAUUUAGCAGAUCUAUAUUUACUUAUUUAUGAAUUUUCAACACAUUUAUUAACUCUAACUCGUACAGAAAUAUGUCAAUACAGAGUUGUACUUUGCAAAGAGUGUUCUUUAUGUAGGACAUACAAUGGGUUUAUUACUUUUCUCCAAAGGAGAAAUUAAUAUGCCUACCUUCUUCAGUAUUCUUGAUUUUGCUAUAAAGAACUUAAUUUUGGUAACAAAGUAAAUAUUUUUGUAUACACACAGGUGUAUAUGUGUGCACAUAUAGCUGCAGUGUGUGUGUGUGUGUGUGUAUUCAUACCAAUUAAGUAGUGAUCCAAGCUUAAAUGUAAAAUCUAUUAAAUUUCCUUAAACUGUGACAAAAACAAGUUACACUGAAUGUUUCAUAAAGUCACAAUUUUCCUUCCAUUCUGUAUGUUUACACCCUUCUAAUACUUGUUGGAAGGUGUGACUUUUUGAUGCAUUUUGAUAAACACAAAAUUCUAUUCUCAUAAGAUAUACAUGAAAUAGGAAAACCUAGGUUGUUUUUCUGGGAUGACCCAACACUCGUAGAAAAUAAAGGGCUGGGGUUUGGUUUCAUAUAAUUCCUAUUAUAGUCAGAGAAUCUCACAGCUUGCAUAUUUUACUGAGAGAGGGAGUAUUGGCUAGGAUAAUCCCUACUCCAUUCAGAAAGUUGCAAGAGCUCUUCAGCUUCUGCUUGGUUGAAUACAAGAAAUACAUGGAAUGCACUAUUUUCUCAUGCCAGGGAUGGUACCACUAACUGUGUAGCACAUGUUUAGUAUGACGGUGUCAUCAUUUAGUAUGAGCCCAAGUCUUCAUGUGAGACUGAACUACAUAACAUGUUUAUUUAGAAGCAAGAGUGCUAUCAGGUGAGUGAAAUUGAUAUUGCUGCAUGAUAUACCCAAGUGAAGUGAAUCUGCCACAUGAACAUAUAUUAUCAGGGACUAAAUAAGGAGAUGCUACUUUAUUGCUCCCUAUGUUUGAAUAUAAACUGAGUCACAUUGACAGUGCAGGAGUGUAAAUAUGCCACCUGUGUAAUAUGGUUGUUUUGAUUGGCUUUUGUUUGCAUUUGAAAGCACAGGAUAAUAGAUAUUUAUUAAGCACUGAGGUCAGACUGGUAUUAGACAAAGUCACUGAACCAAACUCUUCAAUUAGAGUUUUGUCUGAGUAGGCAUUGAAGAUUUUGGCCCUGUAUUUGUGCAUCUAUUUUUACAUUAUAUGCGCCAAAUACCUAUGGGGUUGGGAAGGCAAAAAGGGAUGAGUGCCCAGCUCUACUUGCCCUAGGAAACAAUAGGUUCAUUAUGCAAGCCACUUCCACUUCUUAGAACCAAUGGCCUGUGCUGUGAAUGAAUGUAGGUUUUAGAUAAUGUUUUCAAAGGCACCUAAAGGGUUUAGCCCUCAACUCCAAAUGAAUUUCUAUGGGAAUUGGGUGCCUGACUUGCUUAGCCGCCUUUUGAAAAUCCCAAUCUUAACCAUUUCAGUUGCAGACAUCUUGCAGUUUGCAUAUCCUCGCACUUGGCCUCAUUUUCCAAAUAAAUCACACAUCCUAACACAUUUAAGCCCCAAUUAAUUCAGAGUGGCAUUGAAGAAGCCUUACUCUUAAAUUAUACAUUUACAAAUCUUUGUAAAUGACUGUGCCGGAUGUCUUUACCCCUCAUGGUAUGUACACACACAGGAUUAAAAAACAGUUUCUCAUCACACACAUUAUGUUUAUCCUCUCAUAAAUUCUUAGGCUUGCAAGUGACAAGAAGUGAUAACUUACAGGAAUUGUUAAAUCUUCUUUUCUUCUGCAACCAGUUAUGUAGUUUAUUUGUACUGCAAUAUAUUACAGCAAUUUGGGGAAGAUAACUGGUGUGUGUCACUUAUUUUUUCAUACAAAUUAACUAAAACACAUCUGUGAAGAAAAUUUAAAUAAAUAUGUGUGUAUAUAUAAAAAUGUAAUUGCCACUGCAUCUUAGUAGUAAUUACAAUUUUCAUUCUAUGAAGGAUAUAUAGAAUAUUUAAAAAUCUAGAUGGAAAGGUUAAUAGCCAUGAAAUAGUUAAUCCAUUACAACAUUCAUGUCUAGAGGAAGAUUAUACUUUUAUUCUAGGACAGAGCUGGAGUGACUGGGACAGUUUCUAUAACUACCACCUAUAUGUUAUUGGCUGUUUAAAGGUCCUGGUUCUGUGAAAUGAGAACUGAUGCAGUCUGUUUCUCAAAAUUAAGAAUCCGAAUAAAUUAAAAAUGUCAUAACACUUACUAUGUUGUCCUUUUAGAUUUUAAAUGUACAAAUGUAAGAUAAUGAAUUAAUUCCAGUUUCUAGUUGUCAAACAUAGUUUUUUUUGCAUUAGAUAUACACAAAUUUAAGGUGUUUUUGCUAUCAGCAAAAAAACCUUCAAUUUCACACCCUCUGAGACAACUCUUUAGUAUAUUUAGACAAACCUUUGGGUUUUCAGCACAAGUGCUUCAGUUUAACUUCUUAGUGCAGUCAAGAGCUGCCAGAGCUACUCUUUUGAUUGUUUUGGCUCUAAACCAACUAAAUUCCAUUAGGCACUAUAAUAAUUAUAUUUCAAUCAGUAACUUCAUUGAUUAGACUCCCAUGUACAGUAUAGGAUUUCAAUAAUUCAAUCUGUUUUUAUUAUGCCUCAUGGUUCUGCUUUUACUGAAAGAAAAUGAUAGGUGAAUGGCAUCAGUUUUUGUAUCACUAAUCCAUUGUUAGAUAUACUGUAUAUAUAAGAAGACAAGUACCUGAAGAUGUGAGUACCUGUCCUGUUGCAUAAUGGUUAAACAAUAGUUCAAAAUAGGAAAGUAUCAUUGGUUGGCUUCAAAGUUAGAAGCUUUAAAAUCUAAAGUUGUAGUAUAUUUAUGCAAAUAUACUUUACUUGUUAAUUUUGCAGCUAGGCAGGUUUGUGUCUGCCAACAUAGUUGCUUAUUUUCACUAUUGUUGUUUUAAUAUGCUGUCUGCAGGAUAGUUCUUAAAAUUAACACAUUGCCUUAAAUGUUUUCUCUCUAUGUGCUCAUUGAAAAUUGCACAUAGUGCUUUUCUAAUUGUACUCCAUCAGUACACCAAGCAUUUGUAAAUUAGAUGGAAAUCCAUACCGAUCUCAGGAUAUCUAGAUUUUGAUGUAUAAAAAGAUAUUGAACUCACUUAUUAUAUUUUUUGUAAACUGACUGCAUUGAUUUUUAUAUACUGUAUAUAUUCAUUAACCAUUUUUCCUUCAAGAACAUAACUUGUUAAGGAUAUUUUCUCUGCCUAUAACUGAUGUGGGCUUUUUUGCAUAUAGUCUCUGUGUGUGCCUGCUAUGUGUGUAUAAAUGUAUGUACUGUAUACAUAAGAGAUGCGCAGAUACUAAUACCUAUGAGCAACUGCAAAUUGCCCAGUGACUGACCAUGCCAAGUUGUCAUUUCUAGGACUGUCCUCCAGAAAAGACAAUUCCAUGCUAGAAAUCUUUUUUACCUAGAAUUGAAAUACCAUCUUGAAAAUUAUUCCUCCCACAGUUCAAAUGCACAAGGUAGUGGAUUCCCAGGUUGGUACAUAUUUGCAAUUACCCAUAGUUGAAAGUCAUGGUUAUACCCACAACAUAUCUAGUGUAUGUAUAUAUGUUCUGUAUGAAUACAUAUUUGUCAGUUUAAAAUGAUUACAGCAGCACUGUUCCGUUUGUGACACCGUAGAGUGUGUGAAGUCAAUUAAGCUUGUGCAACACUUAAAAAUGUUUUAAUUUUUGCAUUGAAGUAGAUGCGCAUAUUUUUCAGAUGAACAUAUUUUUGUAACUCUUCAGUAAAAGUCCUAGAGCAUUACUGCUUUUAAUAUAUAUAAAUACAUACAUUCAUACAGUGUAUCAACAGUUUCUCUUUGAAAACUCCCAAACUAGCAGCCAUGUGGUUAGAUAAUUUUAACUUUGUUAAAAAUAACAUUUGUAAUUUAAUCUUAAAUCUCUUGACAUGUGGAUUUUAAUUACAUAUUUUCUGGUUUGUAAAGCAUCUAUGUAGCAGACUUUGAGUCAGUUACUGUAUUGAUUAUGGGUUAAACUAAUACUGUGUACUUUUUUAGAUAUGAUUUAUUUUUUUAGUCUACCUAUUAAAGACUGGAAUACUAACAAUGUAUUGCAAAGCACCAG